CGCUUGUUUUAUUGUCUCCCUCUGGUGUCUCAAACCCGUUGGGCGCCGCUUUCAAUACAACCGGGAAUGAACAGCGAGUGGCGCGAACUAGAGAGUGAUCCAGGAUUGUUUACACUCUUAGUUAGAGACUUUGGUGUCACAGGCGUUGAAGUGGAGGAAGUUUAUGAUCUUGAUCAACAGAUUGAGGGUCCCAUCUACGGUUUCAUAUUCCUUGCCAACUGGACAGGAGAUGGAAACAGCAGUCGACGGAAGGCCGGCAGAGACGCAUCUGAAGAAACCUGGAAGUUUGUGAAGUCAGAAGAGACUGUAAAUCGCAUGUUCUUUGCCCAUCAAGUUGUUACGAAUGCAUGUGCUACCUACGCUCUGUUGAGUGUGCUGCUGAAUUGCCCAGAUAUCAACCUUGGAUCACUUUUGGGUAGAAUUAAAGAAUUUACAGAAGCAUUUAAUCCUGAAAGUAAGGGGUAUGCUGUGGCUAAUCUUCAUCAGCUGAAGAUCAUCCACAAUAAACAUGCCAGACCGGUAUAUCCUCAUCUGAACUUGCCGCGUACUCAGAAACGAAAGAGCUGUGCAAGCUACGAUUGCACCGUCUUUCAUUACUCCAGCUAUGUGCCACUUAAUGGACGCUUGAUGGAACUCGAUGGACUGAAAGCAUACCCGGUUGAUCACGGUCCAGUGAAUGAAGGAGACGGCUGGAUUUCUGUUUUCAAGAAAGUUAUUUCUAAGCGUAUUGGAGCUCAAUCAGGAUCUCAAAACUCGAUUCAAUUCAACUUGCUGGCGGUGAGACCCGAAAAGUUGACGUCUCUGGAGACGAAGCUGUACGAGCUCCAGCAGCAGUGGAAGAAAUUGACUCGUGAAAUUGAGGAGACGUUGAGCAGCUUGUCCUACAAGUCAAUCUCGCCGAUUGACCAUGAUGUGUCUGUUAUGGAAGACGACGAUGAACCAGAUGAUUUACAUUACAUGGACAGCUUUAGUUGUCGAUUACAGAUGUUACUAAAACACCAUCAUUCAUCCGAGUUUCCUCACAUCUUUGCCUGUGCAACACCGAGCACGGGACCUGCUCUCGAUGAAUCGCCGAAAGACAAGCCGCUUGGACACACACAAGUGGCACCACUACAUUCGAUACUUUAUCCAUGGUUGGACAUUGUACAGGCUCACAACAUCACGAUAUUACGGAGCGUCAACCCGUUAGCGACUGGCGAGUCGGGAGUGUUGGACUCUCAGUUGGUUGUUAUGCCUGGCCACGAGACGGCAAUCGAAGCAGCAGAGAGUGGAUUUAGAGCGGACGUUAAUUGUGGAGAUCGUAGAAGUGUGGAUUACUGUGGUUAUGACGAUUCGAGUUCAGAUGAGACGAUCAUUGACGGGCAGUCAGAUGUGGAACAGGAAGAUAAUGCAACUGAUGACGUUUCAUUAGGUUGUGACGGCAGGAGUUUGACCGCUGACCGACAAAAGGGUCAUGGGAGUUUGAUUGGUGGCGUUUGUUCUGGUCAGAUGAAGGAGGAAUUGGGUGAAAUUGCCGAGUGUGAGGAUGAUGUGGUAUCGGUAGUGGGUGAAUGUGUUGCUGCUGGUGCUGCUGGUGAUGUGUCACUUCCUGAAUUGCUUGGUAGUGCCGCACAGUUUGAGGCUCUUCGUGCUCAAACCAACAAACUGGAGCAAGAAAUCGAGCAUUUUCAAGGACUCAUCAAGGAGGAAAAAGAGAAACACGAUCGCUACAACGCUGAUUUUCACAGACGUACCCAAGACUACCAACCAUUUAUUGAGGAAUUUAUCAAGAUGUUGUACAAGGCAGAACUACUGCAACACGAACCAAACUUUGACAAAGCACUACAGCAGCAGCAACAGGCCUACAAGGCUGCCACACACAGUCGACGACAAUCGGCUUCGUUUCGCCACAAACAGAAACGAGCAACAAAUGGAAUUCAGUGUAAAGUGUGGUCGGAAACACUGCAGAAGGAUGUAGGUAGAACGGCGCCGAGCAGUGAGUAUGAAGCGAGUAAUGAUAAUGAAAUGAAUGUGACAGACUAAUGUGACGUGACUGACACGAUGUUAUCAGUUGUUUUAUAUACCACCUUCUACGGCAGUAGGGACACUUUCUAAGUUUUAUGCAUAACUUAUGUACCAAGUAUACCGACUGAUGGUUAAUAAAUUAAAUAUUGUUUGUGAUAAA